AUGGUCGGUAACAGUGAUGGCAUAGUACCAGACGGGAGCUCUGAUGUUCACUCUUCUGUGAUUGUUCCUGCAGGAGGCAAAGGAAGUGGGAUCUUCGAUGAAUCAACUCCUGUGCAAACUCGACAACGUCUGAAUCCACCCGGUGGGAAGACCAGUGACAUAUUUGGGUCCCCAGUCACUGCCACUGUGCCUUUGGCACACCCCAACAAGCCCAAGGAUCAUGUUUUGCUGUGUGAAGGCGAAGACUCUAAGUCUGACCUGAAAGCUGCAGCAAACUCCACACCCAGAGGACAGCAGGGCGAGAAAGGAAGCUCAAAAGAAGCAGAGCAUGCAAAGAUACCAGAGCCCACACCCACGGUUGACAGUCAUGAGCCCAGACUGGGGCCAAGACCUCGCUCCCACAACAAAGUCCUGAACCCACCAGGAGGCAAAUCCAGCAUCUCCUUCUAUUGAGAGGCUCCUGCUCUGCCUGUAAUUAGAUCAGACAGAGAUAGGGCAUUGAAUGUUAGUGUUUCCUUUAACUCAGAUGAGUUGGGGUGGGAGAGGGUUUGUCAUGUGUGUGGGAUUGACUGCUCAUAGUCAUUGGCAGAGCUAUGCAGAGGACUGUGCCUUCUAAACUGCCAAGAUAUACAUUGUGGGGAUAAACCGGGAUGCUCUGGUCCCUCCUCUAACUGCUCCUCUCUGUGAAACAUCUGUAAAGCUGUGGGGAAGGCAGAAGAGGUGGAGCCCGUUAACAGGAGGAUUCCAGGGUCAAACUCUUACUCUGUGUGCUGAGUCACGAGACCUCAGGGACACACAGUAGAGUAGCACAGACAGGUGCUUGGCGGCUGCUGUGUAGGGAUGUCACACAACUCCCUUCCCCAGGUCUUUAGUCAUAAGGUUGAAACAUGUUUCCUGGGUGACUAACCAAUAAAUGACCAUACCCAGGAAAAGCAACAUGGUCUUUCUGUCUUUUCGUAAUAGUAUAUCACACCUGCUUUGGAACUUUUGAAAAGUGAACUUGACACAACCUUUACUUUUCUCUCCUGUCUGGCUCUAUGAAUGCAGUCCAUACCUUGGGCUUGUUUGGAUGUGCCAAAGGCACAGUGGCAGUGACUGGGGAUUCAGAUAUUGUCGAGUUUGCACAGGAGUUGAUUCAUCGAAGAUCCCACUUCCUUUGCCUCCUGCAGGAACAAUCACAGAAGAGUGAACAUCAGAGCUCCCGUCUGGUACUAUGCCAUCACUGUUACCCUGAGAGAUGACCUCUCAUGGAAGACGUAAUGCCUUCCUAAGUUCCAGGGCAACAGAUUGGGACAAUUACUCCAAGUCCCUGAAGCCUUACACCCCAGCCAAUCCUUAAUCUGGUCUGCUACAGCAUUCACAUGUAUAGCCAAGCUGACCUGAUCUGGAUUCUAAAAGGAAAAGGAAUAAAACACCACCUUUCCCCAGAGCUCCCUUAAUGCUGAACAAAAGCAAAUAAUUAAAGGUUUUAGUAAACCGCUAUUCAUGGUGAACCUAUGAUCUGGAAAGUAAGGUUAGUCACUCUGACCUCUUUCUGGCCAGAAGACCUAAUGAUGAAUAGAUACCAACAAGGUAAGAGACAUGCUCCUUGCUGUCCACUGUGAGUUUACUAAGCUCUAAUAGCAAUGUGCAUCUCGGGCAGAUCUCAUGGCCCCAGGCCUGGACGUGAUGCAACUGUGCCUAUGUGAGGCAAAAAGGUAUGAAAUACCAACCACUGUCUUCACUCAGCAGGUGUCAAGCACCCACCUCCCCAAAGCAUCGUGCCUAAUGGAAUUAAAUCUGUGUUACCUUUAGGAGGCUGACAUCUAUGCUGACACACGGCUUUUCAGUGAUGCGGGUGUUUAUAGGGUUUCCUGUGCUCCUAAGCUACCCUUCACUGAUGUUCCUGUAAACCGCAAUAAACUUAGUGGCUUACCUAGA